GUCUCUCUCUCUCUCCCUUCUUUUCCCUUUCAGCUGGAGGAGAUCCCAGAGAGGAAGGAAAGAUAUAUAGGCCGGUGUCUUCUGUAGAGAGAAAAAGAGAAAGGAACUUGCAGCAGGUACUCAACACUGACAUGAGUGAUCUCAUGAUCUUGAUACCUUGGUACUCUUACAUCACUCUUCUUCUUGCUCCUCUUUCCUCCCCUCCUCUUGCCUCUUUCUAGCUAGAGAGAGAGAGAGAGAGAGAGAGAGAGAGAGAGAGAGAGAGAGACGCAGCCAUAUUUCUUAUUUGCAAGGGACAACAAGUGCAGGAGCUCAUGAGCUGCAUCAAUUCUUGAGGCAAAGCCACAAGCUUGUGAUCUUGUAGUGAAGGAAAUUGAGGAGAAUUUUGGUGCACAAAAGUACAUAGCCAAGGUUUCGCCGUCGAUCUAUAGGUGUCGGCGAUCGCGAUGGCUGCAUACUACCACAGCAGCGCCGGCACGGACAUCCAGGCCAGCACCGACGGCCUGCAGACACUGUACCUCAUGAACCCGAGCUACGCCGGCUACGCCGAUGCCAGCGCGCCCACGACGACGGCCGGGGCCAACAUGAUGCUCCUCAACUCGGCGAUGAGCACCAUGACCCCGGCGUCCUUCGGCCACCAGCAGUCGCCGUCGGCGGGACAGCACUUCGUCGGCAUCCCUCUCCAGGCGCCGCCGUCGGGCUACAACCUGUGGACCCCGGCUACGACCUGUGCCGCUGACAUGUCGCGGCCGCAGCAGACUCCCUGCACGACGGGGGUCAGCUCUGUCCUUAGCCUGUCGUCCCGCGAGGCGCCGCCGGUCACGGUGGCCUCGGUGGCCGGCGACGAGGGGAAGUACCUGGGGGCGUCGGCGACGUCGCAGGGGCAGAUGGUGAUGAGCUCCAAGUACCUCAAGGCGGCGCAGGAGCUGCUCGACGAGGUGGUGAGCGUCAGCAAGGGCGUGGAGGACGCCAAGGCGGCCGCGGCAAAGAGCGCGGCGGCAGUGAAGAAGAAGGAGGACUCGGAAGGCGUGUCCGGUGGCGGCACCGAAGACGGUGGCGUGGCGAAGAGCGGCAGCGCGGCGGAGAUGUCGACGGCGGAGCGGCAGGAGCUGCAGAUGAAGAAGAUCAAGCUUAUCAACAUGCUUGAUGAGGUGGAGCAGCGUUACCGGCAGUACCACGGGCAGAUGCAGGCCGUUUCGUCGUCGUUCGAGGCGGCGGCGGGGCCCGGGUCGGCGCGGACGUACACGGCGCUGGCGCUGCGCACCAUCUCGCGGCAGUUCCGGUGCCUGCGGGACGCGAUCGCGGCGCGGGUGCGCGCGGCGAGCCGGGCGCUCGGCGAGGACGACGCCGACGCCGCGGCCGGCGGCGGGCGCCACACGGUGGGGUCGCGGCUGCGGUACAUCGACCACCAGCUCCGGCAGCAACGCGCGCUGCAGCAGCUCGGCAUGAUGCAGGGCGGCGCGUGGCGGCCCCAGCGCGGCCUCCCCGAGCGGUCCGUCUCCGUCCUCCGCGCCUGGCUCUUCGAGCACUUCCUGCACCCAUACCCCAAGGAUUCGGACAAGAUCAUGCUCGCCAAGCAAACCGGCCUCACCAGGAGCCAGGUGUCGAACUGGUUCAUCAACGCGAGGGUGCGGCUGUGGAAGCCGAUGGUGGAGCAGAUGUACCUGGAGGAGACCAAGGACCAGGACGGCGGUGGCGGCAACGACGAGGGGAAGUCCGGCGGUGGAAGAAAGAGUGGCGAUACAAGCAAUGGCGGCAUCGACGCGACCCCGAGGGAGGAUGGCGGCGGCGCCAUGUCGAAGGCGGCGGCGGAGAGCGCGUCCACCAAGGGCGUCGGCAGUGCCCAUGGCCCUUCCCUGCUCGAGCUCGUUGGGAACCAGCAGACGGCGCAUGCUGGGUUCUAUGAUGACGAUGAGGAGGAGGAGGAUGACGGCAGUGCUGCCCCCGCGAUGCAGCGUAGGCUCAAGAAGGCGAGGGGCGACGAGCCGGCGGCGGCCAUGGCGGCAACGUUCCAUCACCACAUGCACGACAUGGCCGCGCUGCACGCGCAGGCCGCGGCGGCUGCGAGGCAACGGCACGAGGAGGUGAGCCACCGGGAGCUGCUCAUGAAGUUCAUGGAGAGCGGCGGCGGCGGCGCAGGCGCCAGGGACCACCACCAGGACGGCGCGUACUCCCUGUUCGCGCCGGGGCCGUACGGACAGUUCACCUCGGAGCCGUUUGCGUUCGCUGGGAACGGCGGGGUGUCGCUCACGCUCGGCCUCCCGCACGGCCCCGGCGCUGGCGCUGAGCAGACGGCGUCGUUCCUCAUGGGCAGCAGCACCACCAGCGACAGCGGCAGCCACGGCGCCGCCGGUGGCUACGACAUGAACAUGCAGAGCACCAAGUCCUUCGCGGCUCAACUCAUGAGGGACUUCGUGGCUUAGUAGAGUAGCUGGCAUAGCAGUCCAUGCAAUUAAUCAAUCCAUCAAUCAAUUUAGGGCUUGUAUAGAAAUAAAGGUUCAAGCCUAGACAUGCUUAUACAUAUAUAAGAAGCAGUUAAGCUUGGCCCAUAGGUUUUGGGAAUGUAAUGAUAUCAUUGUGCAAUGUAUACAGGUAUAGGAUAAUUGACUAGUUAUAACUAGGCAUUGUACAAGAUUUUAUAUGUAGACCAUAGGUAUGAGGGGUAUACAAUAUGUGAAAGGGUAUAUGGAUUGAAAUAUAGAAUUGUAUCUUUG